AUGCAGCCACGAAGUCUAGAAGGGCUAGGAGUUGCAGCUAUGGACACAGACCUGGCCGCGACGCAACCGGAUCCAGCCGCCACGCAGCUGGAUCCGAGCUCAGACGAAGCAGAAAGAACAGUGACAGCAGCGGAGCUCUUGACUACGGCCGGCUCGGCUACGCAAGCCGAGAUGAUUGCCAUCUGCAUGGAGAGCGAAAGAGCUCGGAACAUGGGCCAUGACGCUCCUGGCUCGCCUGCACCGAGGACACCGGAGCCGUCGCAGGACAAGAUGAAGCGGCUAUUGGAUGAGCCAAACAUGAGCAUCGCAGCUUAA